AUACUUUAGUCGCGUCAACCGAACCUCGACGCGUCCUCCAGAAUCUAAAGAUUCCCAAAAAUUAACGUUGCCCCAUGAAUAUGUCUGGCACAUGUCCUCAAAUAGGGCCACGAUGAAGCCCGGCAAUGACGACUACUUGGAAGGAAAUAGGGGUUGUGCCCGACUCGGAUGAAGAGGACGACUCUCUGGACUCGCAAACCACGCUGAAUCCCGAGCAACAUGACGAUAUCGAUGCAAUACCUGACGUGCAUCCGACCCUACUUCGUGUUGAGGCCAAGACAGAAGCUACAUCUACAGAAGACAGAUUAGAGGAGCAGCCGGAUUGUUCCCAGACGAAUGCGAUCUCCCAGGAGCUCGUAACUGGAGACCUACCACCGGAAAUACGGUCUGGAACACAACCGCAGAAUGGCAACUCUCCAAACCUGUUGGCCAGCGCCGGUCCCAAGCAGGGCCCUCAAGCGCAGUCUAGCCCGGUACUGGCAGCGGUGAGGCAAACCACCCCUGGCCCAGUAGAAGGCACAACCCAAGACGAGGUAUCUCGAAGCUAUGUUGGCCUGUUGUCAUCGCCCACCUCAAGCCUCUCUUCGCUUGGUACAACACCGUCGCAAAGCCCUUACAGAUCCAACAUCCUGCCACCAGGCAAUGGAGAACAGUCCGAGGCGUCCCAUACGGUGCCGACUCUGUCCUUCGAGGAAAUCACGGACCAAGGAAUUCCGAUCUUCGCCAAUGCUAAUAAUUUUGAAUCGGCUCAUCGACGCUCUUUUCGACCACGAACGGAGAUACAAUUGCACCCCUAUCUUUUGGACAGCGAGCGUCAUCGCAGGGACUUUAUGGCCCGAGGACUACAACCCAUGCGGUUCAUACCGGCCCAGCAGGUGACCAAAGGCGCACCUCAGAGUGGAGAUUCUCAGGAUACUGAGUUUGAAGUGGAGGAAGACAGUCAGAAAACCGGAGUCGAAGAAAGCUACGACGUUUUUGGCUCAAGCCAAAAUUUGAUGUCAUCACCUGCACGUCCUCAUAGAUCUGCUGUUGAGGUUGAUGAUGGGCUACAGUCACUUCCGUCAAGCUUCAGGUCGGACGGGUUAGAUUCAGACGACGUCGAACUCCCCGACAUAAGCACUCUUAUAGAUCAAGCGCGUAGAGGCGUUGUUGGCACAAAAAAGAUUGGCAAUAGUAGUCGCAGACGAACUCAUGGUGCUGCCCAUUCGCGGCAAAACGGUUCCCAACUGACGUCUAACGCAUCCAAAAACCGCUUGCCAACAAUAAUCGACGUUUUUGAUGUGCCUCAGUCGCCACCGAUGACGAGCCCAGCUGUCCCAUCACUCGUGGCCCGCGCUGGCGCCACAGAAGGAACGGUUUCAGAGCGUAGAUCUGAUAUGUCUGCUGAAUCUGCAGCUACCCGUGGCACCGUGCAGCAUCGCCUAGGAGUUACUGAUCUCCCGACACCAGCAACGAGUUCUGUCAGGCGUGCAAAUGAUCACUCUGAUGAAAUUUGUGUAAUUGAAGAUGACCCCUUCAUAUCAAGCAGUGAAGGAGAGGCACCUCAAUCGUCUCCGCCAAAAGAGCCCACUAGGGUACGAAAGCUGCUCAGAGGAGUACUUCCUGCGUCGCAUAUUCGUGUUAAUCCACAAACUCGGGGGAUUCAACAAAAUGCGCCUAGAACAGCAGCCAGGGACAGCUUCAAUCAUUCUCCACUCCUGCCUGAAAUCCGACGAGGAAUAGCCUUGCCGAGGGUAGCUGAUGAAAUGACGGCCUCAGCUCCUGCUAAUCCAAGAACGGGGCUGGGAUUCCUCUCCGACGAGUCCGACGAGGAAGACUUUGGAAGCCAUGGAAUUGUCAAAGAGUCCGGUCAAGAUUCCCAGUCGAUUUUUACUCAGUCGGAUUUUGGAUUCGCGACUGAGGACAAUGCAAUUGACCCGAUGAUUGUACCAAAGAAGCGCCAAAGAACCCUCUUUUCUGACACUGGGAAUCGAAAGAAAAGAAGGGUUGUCACUUCUCUAUUUAGGCCCACACAUGGUACACCCUCUUACCAACCAAGAAUCUCGGAAUUGCUUCCAGAUCCAUCUGGCUCACCCGUUCCCACACAGCGGAGCGCAGCUAGCAGGUCUAAUGGGCCAUCAUUAGCUCAAGAAGUUUUGGCAAAGAUUACUUCUCGAUCAAGACCUUCGCCGCGCAAGAUCCAAGAGGUCAUGCCUAAUUUUAGUGAGCCUGUCGCGUAUCAACCAAGGUUCAUUCGGAUUGCUGCUCGUAGUGCCGGAUCCAGGCAUGCGCUUGGAAGACAGGGGCCAGUCAGAAAGUUUGUACGGCUCGAUAAUCGCGAAGAUACUAUUGAAGCACAGACUGUCCUGCGAGAAUGGAGAGGAAGACCUGCGAAACACCGAACACAAUCCUUUACGCCCAGGUCACCCCUGCGUGUUAUCUCCGAGGAAUCCAGAAAUCAAAGGAGCCUCUCGUCGAAUAACUCCAAGCUACCAGCGGUUAGCCACACAACAAGACGCCCUAGCAAUUACCCAAAAGUUCGCGUCACAAAUCACCAAACGAAGAUCUCCUGGGCAUCUACCAGCCCACAGAUAGAGCCGCGUGUGAGGUUGGGGAAUAACAAACGCAGAAAACAAUACUCUACAAGGCCGACUUCCAAUCGUGCCCCUCGUUCGGCGCCGCAGCCAAGAUCAGCGCAACUUGAAAUAUCCGAGGCUGACUAUAGUAAUCGUGAUCGUCGGUCGGCUUUUGGAUCCACGAAACGAAAUUUAGACAGGUCGUACGAAAGAUAUCAGAAUGGCUCUGCUACAGAAAAUCACAUACCUCUCGCCAGGUUUCUGGCCAAUGAAGGUUUUGUUGGCAGUAGGAGUGGAACUUCAGAGCCAGAAACUGGAAGUCGGGAUGGGGAGAGAAUAAUAAAUGUUGUCGACAAAGGCAUUCCGCAAGCUCGCCGCCAAAGGAAACGCACUCCUAAACAACUCGAUGCCACUGCGGCGAGAUUUCGGCAGCCAGAUAAGCCUAUGCUUAUUGCUCCAAUCGAAACACCGACCCCGUCUAAGGCUGUACAUGAUUAUGGUGGCAAGUUAUACGGACUUGGCGGCGCUGAUACCGAUUAUCCCAUCGAUUUUGAUAUCUUCCCUCUAAGAUCAGGAGUAUAUUUUCACGAAUCUACGUUCAUCGGACAAGGAAAACUUGCCAAGGCCAUUGGGACCGAAUCCUCUAAGUAUUAUGGCCAUCCCAGAGGCUAUGCUUCAGCUCAGUUUGGCACGCAACACGUGAAGUGGGACGUGUGGGAUGCCAAUGUGUCGUCGGAAAUCGGUAUAUACUUCGACUGGAUUGUCAGUCGACUGAAUUCAUUCGGCACGGCCUCUCUGAACGGAGUGAAGAGCGACGUGGAAGAAGAUACGGUCCGGUGCAUGCUAUUCAUGAUAGACUAUUUCCAGAACACCCUGGCUUUUGAAAGUCGCGAAGAGCAGGAUCUGUGUCUACAGAGGAUGACCGAAGUCAUGGAACGACUCACGCAAUGCCUCGAGGUACUCGUGAGCAACCUGGAUUUCCGAGAUGACUUCAAUAAUCGUCGGAUCAUGGAUUUGUCUGUUUUUGGGGUUGUUCUUAUAUUCCAGACGCUUCGGAUGUCGGCAACACACGGUGGCAAUGUAAGUCAACGCACCACUGGCCAGCUGGAAGCUUUGCUGCAAAGAACUGCCACCACUUCUGUGAAGUUGCUCUUUAUUGUUGGGUUGUCGUCGGUACAAAGCCUAUAUGACGACCUCCAGUAUCUGGCAUCGCGCGAAGCAGGUAUCAAAAGCUCCGAAAAUCCUACUCAGGCGUGGGUGAUACUCAUGCAUAUCAUGCAUGCUGCUCGAAUCCCACGCGUCACCUUUUGGGAUGCUGUCAACUUGCAGUUGCUAGAAAAUAUAAGCAUAGAAGGUGAUGCCCGGGUACUCGAGAAAACAUGGUACUCAGCAUUUACACUCCUCCCACUCAUGGAAUUCAAUGAUCUCGGUGUCCUCAUCACACGCUCGCGGUACCGCGCAACGGCAGAGAAUUGGGCAUUGCCCCAGAAGAUAGCGAAGAGAUUAUUCGAGCUCUAUGCGUCCGAUACAGAGCAACCCCCAAACUUCAACAAGUACUGUCGAGCGACAUUUAGUCGAUGCCAUCACUUGAUCCAGGUAUGGGGCUGGCGUCGCUAUGGUUCGAUUGUGGGGACGUUCUUCGACUUCUUCGCGUCCCACGGCUUCUCGCAUAUCGGCAGCGAAAUGGUGGGCACCUCGCCAGAAUUCAUCAAUGACCUAGACGGCGCGCUCUCCUCAGCCAUCGACUCCGAAGAUCAAUGUUUCCACAUCUUUCUGAAGAUAGUUCACUCAGCAAUCAAGCAGUUGCGCGAGGCUGGCGACGCGAGGGAGAUUCGGAAUCUCGUCACGCGUCUACUGCCGAAUCAUGAUCUGCAGUAUCAGGAGGGGCCUGCGAAGGUGGCGAAUACGACGGCGCUGAGGAAUCAUAGGGAUUUGUUGUCGACUUUGUAUUGGGCGGCGCCGGUGGAGGUGCAGUGUAGGAUUAAUAUGAUGUUGGGGCUGGUGAAUCGGGAGAUUUCUAAGAUGGAGGCGUAUUCGAGGAAUGCUGCCAGGCGGGUGUAGAGUGGGGGUUAUGGGGGGUGUGAAACAACUAGUUGGAGUGAUGUACGAGAGUCACUCACAAAGGCACGAGGGGGGCAAUUAUAUUAGGCAGUUCAGUUCAGUAUUAUAAAUGUCAUU